UUGUGGGGCUCGUCUCUAUAACCUUCUAUCCACGCCACGAAAAUGGGGCACUACAGUAAACGAAAGAAAAAAAGAAAGAAAGGAACCCCAAUAUCCUUGCAAGAGGUUCAUAAUUUUCCUUUUUCAUGGCGUCGAGUUUGCCAUGGCACCCUCUACUCUCCUCCAAGCCCCAAAAGCGUAUUUUUUAUCGGCCAAAUCACAUUCCAAUUCGCCAAGUAGUGAGGGUCCAAGCCUUCAGGCGCAGCGACAUCGAUGGAUUCGCCAAGCGCGUGGCCUCCGGCGAACUGUGGCGUGACGCGUGGCGGAGAGCUAACGACGGGUUCGAACAGUUCGUUUACGACACCAGGAAGACGGCGGAGCGAAUUGACCGGAGGUACGCCGUCUCGAGGCGUCUAUCGUCUGUAGCGCAGUCCGCCGCCUACCGAGCUCGUGAGCUCGACCGCGAGUUUGAAAUUACUCAAAAAUGGCGGACUUUUUCGAUGGAUUUUAGCAGAGAGUUGCCGACGUACAGGAGGCAGAUCACUGAUUUUCUGGAUACUCCUUUGGGGAGAAGUUUUGCGACACUUCUGUUUGUAUGGUUUGCUCUCUCAGGAUGGUUAUUUCGAAUUCUGGUUUUCGCAACAUGGGUAUUGCCGUUUGCUGGACCUCUCUUGAUUGGGGCUGUUGCUAAUAAUCUCGUCAUUAAGGUGGGAGAAUGCCCAGCUUGUAGGAGGCCAUUUGUCGGAUAUAAGAAUCAAACUGUAAGAUGUGUCAGUUGUGGAAGUAUUGUUUGGCAACCACAAGGAGAUUUUUUCUCUAGAGGUAGUAGAGGUGGCUCGACUUCCUCUUCCAAGUCUCAACCAGAUAUCAUUGAUGUCGAGUUUGAAGAGAAAUGAGUGACGGUUGUGUUUUAGUUUCCAUAUGUGGUAAUGAAUGUAAUAAUAUUAUUCCAAUAUUUCCUUAUUCUUUACGAAAAAUUAUAGCUUCAGAGUGGAAUUUCCCCCUUUUUUUUUCUCUUUUCAAUGUAGUCUACUACUGUAUUUGUAUGUUGAGGAAUGAAAUGAGCAUUGUGCUUACUGCUGUAAUCUGUGGGAAUGUGCUAAAUGUACCUGUUAAAUGGAAUUUUUUGGCCCCCUAAAUAUGAAUGUUAAAUGGAAUUUUUUCCCUUUUAAU